CGGAAGUGGGGAGAGUAGAGGAGGGAGGGGGAGACAGCUGUCAAUCAAGAGUCCACGAGUCCACCAGAAACUCGGGAUUCCUGCAGCCCCGAGCCUCGUGAACGCGCCUCGUGACCGCGCAGCUCCAGAAUGUGGGGAAUCUGCAGCAGGACGCUGGUGGGGAUGGCGAAGAGUGCGGCGCGCCCCCCCCACCUGGUCCGGCCCGUGGCGGCCCACCGGCUCCCCGGCAGGUACCUGAGCCACCAGGGGUCCCUGCCCAGCCUGCCCGUGCCCCCCCUGCAGCAGACCUGCCAGCGCUACCUGGAGGCCCUGGAGCCAAUCAUGGAGCCCGAGGAGCUGGAGCGGAGCAGGGGAUUGGUGGAGGGGUUCGGGAGGAGGGGCGGGGUGGGGGAGAGGCUGCAGAGGGGGCUGGAGGAGAGAGCUCGCAGCACGGACAACUGGCUGUCGGACUGGUGGGUGCAGGUGGCCUACCUGGACUACCGUCUCCCGGUGGUGGUCCACUCCAGUCCAGGCCUGGUUCUGCCCCGGAUGGACUUCAGCGACGUGGAGGGACAGAUGAGGUUUGCUGCCAAACUCAUCACAGGAGUUUUGGACUUUAAGACCAUGAUCGACAACGAGAGCCUCCCGGUGGAGCAGCAGGGCGGCGCCCCCCUCUGCAUGCACCAGUACUACCAGCUGUUCUCCUCCUGCCGCCUCCCCGGCCUCCACCAGGACUCCCUGCUGCACCACCGGGGCCGGGGCCCCGCCCCCACACACAUCACCGUGGUGAUGAACUCCCAGUUCUUCCAGGUGGAGGUCUACGGCCCGGACGGGGCCCCCCUGACCGAGGACCAGAUCCUGGUCCAGCUGAGGGGGGUCCGGGGGGCCUCGGAGGAGGAGGAGGUGGAGCCGGUGGGGAUCCUGACCAGCCAGCACCGGGACCGCUGGGGGGGGGCGUACCUGGAGCUGACCAGAGACGAGACUAAUCGAGAGUCGGUCUCGGCCAUCCAAAGCAGCAUCUUCACCGUGUGUCUGGACGGACCGACGCCCGCCGUCGCCGCCGAGCGCUACCGCAGCGCCGCCGCCGUGCAGAUGCUGCACGGGGGAGGGAGUCGGUUGAACAGUGGCAACCGCUGGUUCGACAAGACCCUGCAGUUCAUUGUUGGCGUAGACGGGACCUGCGGUGCUAAUUAUGAACACGCCCCCGCCGAGGGCCCGCCCAUCGUGGCCUUGAUCGACCACGUCGUGGAAUACACGAGGAAGCCGGACACGGUCCAAUCAGUGACGGGGACGGCCCCCCCUGCGCCGCGGAGGCUCCACUUCAACCUCACCCCCGAGAUCCGGCGGAGCAUCGCGGAGGCCAAGGAGCACCUGGACGCGCUGGCGCGGGACCUGGACGUGGAGGUGGUGGUGUUCCCGCACUUCGGGAAGAACGUCCCCAAGCGCUUCAGGAUGAGUCCCGACGCCUUCGUGCAGAUGUCCCUGCAGCUGGCCUACUACAGGAUGUACGGCCGCUGCUGUUCCACCUACGAGAGCGCCUCCCUCCGCAGGUUCCGGCUGGGCCGCACCGACACGGUCCGCUCCUCCUCCCGCGCCUCGCUCUCCUUCGUCAGGGCCUUCGAUGACCCCAGAAAACAGGACACGGAGAAGCUGGACCUGAUGGACAAGGCGGUGAAGGCCCACCGGUCCUACACGGACAUGGCCGUCAGCGGUCAGGCCAUCGACCGCCACCUGCUGGGCCUGAAGCUGCAGGCCCUGGAGGAGAAGCUGGGAGUCCCCGAGCUGUUCACCGACCCGGCCUUCUCCAGAGCGCUGCACUACCAGCUGUCCACCAGCCAGGUGCCGUCCAAGGCGGACUGCGUCAUGUGCUUCGGCCCGGUGGUGCCGGACGGCUACGGCGUCUGCUACAACCCCAUGGAGACGCACAUCAACCUGGCCCUGUCGGCCUUCAACGCCUGCCCCGACACGCAGGCCGGCCGGCUGGCCCGGGCCGUGGAGACGGCCCUGCUGGACAUGAGGACGCUGCUGGAGACCACGGCCAGGGCCAAGCUGUGACCCCCUGGGGGGGCCCGCCCCCCGCCCCCCACUGCAGUACUCUGGAUCGGUUCUCGGGCCAUUGGUUCUGGUCUGGUACUUGAGAUGCUGCUGGGACUGAUACUGAUGAGGAUCAGCUUCUGUUUCAAUGUGAUUCAUGAAUAAUAAAGAACUGGAGACUG